CAAUUGUGACGGAGAUUACAUGAAUCAUAUGGUUAUUCUUUUCUUUCAACGGUCGUAAUAGAAAUUCGUAUUGACGUCUUAUCUUCAUCACAGCAUGUCUCCAGUAUAAGAGCUGAUAAAUUGCAGCAUACGCUCUGCAAACCACCAGCCUCGCCGUGCGGUACCUUCCAUCGAACCCCUCCAUAUUCCCCGGAAACCAUGAUUUCAGAUAUCCUACUCGCUUUGGCGUGCGUGGGCUCUGCGGCAGCCCACGCCGGGCACGAGCAAAAGACGCUCGCGGGGCCACACCAGAGCCUGUGGUACAACACGCUGCCUGGAGACGGCGGCACGCAGGCCGAUUCUGUGUUUUCCGGCAUCUCGACAUUUGGACGCCUGCCGUACCAGCCUUGCCUCCGCGCUCCGGACGUCAAGUACGACAUUGCGUUCCUUGGUGCCCCGUUUGACACGGGAACGUCGUACCGCCCGGGUGCCAGGUUCGGUCCGUCUGGCAUCCGCCAGGGAUCUCGCAGACUGAAUCUUUACGGAGGAUACAACGUCCCGCUAAAGACCAACCCGUUCAACAGCUGGGCCACCGUGCUAGACUGCGGAGACAUCCCCGUCACUUCAUACGACAAUACGUUUGCCCUCCAUCAGAUUGAGGAGGGACACUUCAACAUCCUCACUCGCCCCCCCACGACGGAUGCGGACAAGAGAGGCCCUGCCAUCAAGGGCAAGACUCUUCCUCGGGUCAUCACCCUGGGGGGCGACCACACCAUUACCCUGCCCCUGCUCCGGUCCAUCAACCGCGCCUACGGGCCCGUCUCUGUGAUUCAUUUUGAUAGUCAUCUCGAUACGUUCUUCGGCGGCUCCCCCUCCGAAGUCGCUAGCAUCAACCACGGCACCUACUUCUACCACGCCGCCAUGGAGGGCCUCCUCGCCAACAACACCAACAUCCACGCGGGCAUCCGCACGACGCUCAGCGGGCCCAGCGACUACGACAACGACGGCUACUGCGGCUUCGAGAUUGUCGAGGCGCGCGACAUCGACGUCAUCGGCACCGGCGGCAUCAUCAAGCAGAUCGUCGAGCGCGUGGGCACGACGCGGCCCGUCUACCUCUCCAUCGACAUCGACACCCUCGAUCCGGCCUUUGCGCCCGCAACGGGUACCCCCGAGACGGGCGGCUGGUCGACCCGCGAGCUGAGGACCAUUCUGCGCGGGCUCGAGGACCUGAACCUCAUCGCGGCGGACAUUGUCGAGGUCGCGCCCGCGUACGAUACCAAUGCUGAGCACACCACCAUGGCCGCCGCCGAUGUGCUAUACGAGGUCAUGAGCAUCAUGGUGAAGAAGGGACCCCUGAGCAAGAUGAUUGCGGAUCAGGAAAGCCCGGAGGAGCUCUGAUAAUAAAGCGGCGGAUAUGGAAACCAAACCAUUCCGCAUGCUCGUGUACUUCCGUACGUCGAGUAUAAUCGUUGAGAAAUGGCGAUGCCCAACACAACGUGAGGAGCAUAAGGGGGAUUCAACGCAACACUCGCCUGCAAUGCAUAUCAGGCUCAAUGUUGAUUUAUAGGGUGGUACACUGGAG